AUGAAUACCAACAUUAAUCCAGCUACUUCAUCCACGCUACACUCUCAGCACAGUCAACUACCGAAAGAAUGGGAUAGAAGGCGAGGCUCUAACGAUCCACAAGAGCAAGAUUCGAUCCCGGUGGUGUAUCGCUCCACACCAAUUGCGAAAUCAUGGGCGCACUUUGUCGCUGGAGGAAUAGGUGGUAUGGCUGCGGCCACUCUAACCGCGCCUCUAGAUGUCUUGAAGACGCGUCUACAAUCCGACUUCUAUCGCGCACAAAUCAGCCGGAGCCGCGUGGCCCGAGGAAUCCUGCCAGGCGCGCACGCCUCACCCCUACGCAGUAGUCUCAUGCACUUCCGAGAAACCUUUCAGAUCCUCGGAUCAGUACAACGGAUUGAGGGAUGGCGCGCACUGUUCAAGGGCCUUGGGCCAAACUUGAUCGGUGUAGUGCCUGCACGUUCGAUAAACUUUUACGUGGUCGGGAAUGGCAAGCGCAUGAUUGCAGACUAUGGAAAUGGCGGCGUGGAGUCGGCGUGGGUGGUCUUGUGUGCCGCCGCCAUGGCUGGUAUUGUCACCUCUACCAUCACCAACCCGAUCUGGCUGAUCAAGACGCGUUUACAACUGGACAAAGAUGUUGCUGAUAAGGCCGGUGGAACGGCGCUAAGGAAAUAUCGAAAUUCAUGGGACUGUGUGAGAAAGGUCGUACGGCAAGAGGGUUUUCGAGGAUUAUACAAAGGCAUGAGUGCCAGCUAUCUAGGGGUAUCUGAGAGUACAGUACAAUGGGUUUUCUACGAACAGAUGAAGAAAUAUUUGGCUCAGCGUGCUCAGCGUCUCGCCGAAAGCGGCCGGCCGAAAAACCUUUGGGAUAAAGUGGUAGACUGGACUGGAAAUCUCGGAUCCGCUGGAGGUGCCAAACUCAUUGCAGCUCUCGCUGCCUAUCCGCACGAGGUCUUUCGCACACGGCUUCGCUUAGCACCCUGUGAGAACCAAAGUCCUAAGUACACGGGCAUUGUCCAGUGUGCUAAACUUGUCUGGAAAGAGGAAGGUAUGGUAGCGCUAUACGGGGGACUUACUCCUCAUCUCUUACGCACCGUACCCAGCGCUGCUAUUAUGUUUGGCAUCUACGAGGGAAUUUUGAAGAUGCUCGACGUUCCAGCAAUAUGA